UUGGUCUAACUAAGUAGUGGAUUUGUUUAAUUAUUUAUUCUUCAGUUUUACCUUUUCUGCAGCUAGGGCUUUGAGAAGUUUUAUCCUAGCCUCCUCUAUAUAAACAAAGGGCUUCUUUACCACCGAACGUAACCAAGCAGAUAGAGCUUUUGAGAAGUUCGUCUUUUGCUCGAAUAAAGAAAAAAAAAACUAGGGAAAGGUUUGGAUAGAUAUGUCGAAUCGAAAGCCGAGUUUUAGGUUUGAGAUAGAUAACUUCUCGGAGAAGAAAGCCAAUGCCAUAUCGUCUAACACAUUCAAGAGCGGCGGAUGCGAAUGGUUUUUAGCUGUUUAUCCCAAGGGAGAUCGUCUUGCUGAUGGUCACCUGUCUUUGUACCUGCAAGUUGCUAAUGAUACAACGUUGCAACCUGGAUGGAAAAGGAGUAUUAACUUUUACUUUGUUUUGUUGAAUCAAUCAGGCAAAGAACUCUACGAAACCGGUUUAGGACAAAGCAGCUUUUGCGCUGAAAAUCCAGCAUGGGGUUACAGGAAGACCUUGCCUCUAAGCAAAUUUCAGGAAGAAGGGUUUUUGGAAAAGGACAAACUCAUCAUUGAAGUCUACACAAAUGGAGGAGAAGUUGAAGAUGUAUCCAACAAGAAGAAGACUGUUGACAUCAACGGUUUUCAAGUUUUUGCUUCUCAGGUUACUAAAGUGGGAAAGAUAUUCACAGAGCACCCAGACAUUGCAAAAGAUUUCAAACCAACGAAACAAGAAGUGAAGACAGCAUACAUGAAUGUCCUCCUCAGGGUCAUUAAAACACUCAACAAGCCUCCAAAGAGCCUUUCAGAGACUAGACUUAACAAGGCUAGCAGCGAGUUGAGUGAGCUGAUGAACGUAGGCUUCAAGCUGGACUGGUUGAAGUUAAAGCUUGAUGAGGUUACGUUGGAGAGGAAGAAACCAGAUGCUGAUGGGUCUAAGGUCCAACAACUGGAGGAACGUGUCAAGCAUCUUGAGCUGAAGCUUGAUGAGGUUAAUGAGUCUCGUACCCAACAAGUAGAGGAACGUGUCAAGAAACUUGAGCUGAAGCUUCAGCAGGCUUCCUUUAGUAAGAGCUUAUCAGAUGAUGCUAAUGAGUACCGUGCCCAACAAGUAGAGGAACGUGUCACGAAUCUUGAGAUGAUGGAAGUGGGCUUGAAGCUCGACUCUUUGAAUACAAAGCUUGAUGAGGUUUCCUUGGAGAGGAAGAAAACAGAUGAUACUAAUGAGUCUCGUGCCCAACAAGUUGAGAAACAUGUCAAGAAUCUUACGCUGAUGGAAUUGCGUUUGAAUACGAUGCUUGGUAACUUGGAGAGGGAAAAAUCAUAUGAUACUAGUGUCUUUGACUCUCGAAUCCAACAAAUGGAGAAGCAUGUCAUGGGUCUAGGGUUAAAGCUGGAAAGCUUGAUUACAAAGCUUGAAGAGAUCUCCCAAGAGAAGAAGAAAGCUGAUGAUGCUGAUGGUUCUCUUGUCCAAAAACACGAGGAAAGCCUCAAGAACAUUGAGUUGAUGGUCUCGCAUCUCAAAGUUGAAGUUGACAAGAAAAAGAAUAUAGCUUCUGAUGAUGGGUUCUUGUUGGUCGACUAAGUUUCUUGACCUCGAAUCAAGUUAUUAGUAUUUUAGGUUUUAAUGCUCUGCUUUCUAAAUUCCUAAUAGUCUAGCGAUUCAGCAUGGUUAUGUUCCUUAACGUUGCAAGAUAACUUGUGUUCAGUUUACCUUUUGAGCUAGGGCUCUCAGAAGUUUUAUCGAGCGGCCUCUAUAGACGGCUUUGUUAUCAAUGACGAUAAUACUUUACUAAAACAAUACAAUAAAAACUCUAUAAAUUAAUACUUUACUAAAAGAAUACAAUAAAUACUAAGUUAGUUUAUUAUACUCGAUUUCUGCUAGGAAUUCAGUUGAGAAUUGCAUUUCUCGUUUUCAUGGUUUUGACGUUUCCUCCCUUGUUGACUGUUAUUUAGUUAUUAUGAAUGACAUCAUGGUUUGAGAGUUUCCGCGCGUCUCUUCCUCAGUCUUGCAUCUAUCAUUUUUUCUAAGACAAAACAACCAAUUGGUCAGAGAAGAUGGAUGUGUUUGUGUUACAUUUCACAAGAAACUAUUUGUAACAAUAGCUACUAGAACCAACUCUACCCUAAAUCAUAACUCCUUUUCAAGUUUUUAGAGUUUAUGUAGUACUAAUAUUUAUGAUCGCAAUAAGUAUGGAUUUAGUUAAAUUAUUCAUUCUACUUAUUAAAAAAAUAUUCAGUACGGGUUAUUGGUUGUUGUAUUUUAAUGGAUUUGAAAAUCUGAACUAAAUCUAGUGUUAUUGGUUCUAUGAUUUUAAUCUGUUUUAAAAUUAUAUGUUAUUGGUUUAAUGAUUCAUAAAUUCUGUAUCAAAUCAAGUGUUAUUCAAUCGUACGGAUUUACUAAUAUAUUUGAUUUUAUAAUGGAUUUAAAUGGAUUUUUUUGGAUUUUUUUGUUAAAAAUACAACGACUCAAAUCCGAGAGAAAACA